UACUUAGAGGUCGUGAUUGGAAAGUUGUAGAAGAUGUGAAUCAUCGACAGAUUUGGGACAUUAAGGACAAUUCUGAUGAGGUUAAUGAUGUUAUUGAUGUUGUACAUGAAACAAGUUCAUCAAAUUUUUUGUUGACUGUGGACCUCGGAGAGUUGAUUAUGCAAUCUGAUCAACCUGCUGCUUAUGUUGGAGCUGAUGAAGAUGGUGACGACGAAGCUGAUAUGUCAGAACAUGAGGACGUUGCAGAUGCAGAAGAUGAAUUGGUUGUUGAACUUUGUGAAGAUGAAAAUGUGUCUCCGAGUACUGAUGGAAAUGAUAGUGAUUACUCUGUUUAGUUUUUUUCUAUUUGUGUAACAGAACUAUGUAUUUAAAUAUAAUGAAGUGUUUUUUUUUGUAAUUAUAAUAUAAGAUAUUUGAGCUUUGUGAAGAUGAAAAUGUAUCUCCGAUUACUGAUGGAAAUGAUAGUGAUUACUCUGUUUAGUUUUUUCUAUUUGUGUAACAGAACUAUAUAUUUAAAUAUAAUGAAGUUUUUUUUUGUAAUUAUUAUUAUUAUGAAUUCAAUGUGAUAUACUUCUAUUUAAUGCUAAUUACUAACUAAUAAAUUUUAAACUGAAGUAUAAUGUCAGCUGAUAUAGCUACUUAUCAUGGCGGAGAUGGUGGGGGUCAAGACCCGCCAGAUCCUUCUAGGGUACCAACAUCUUGCGAGUCAGGUUAAAUAUUGCAUAUCAAAAUUAUUUUUAGAAAUUAUAUUGUUAGAUAAAUAUAACAUCAAUACUAAUACUGAUUAUUGUUAAUAAAUUUUAAAGCCCCGUCGACGAGAAGAAAAUGUCGUGGCCCUGCUAGUAAUAAUGUUCUUGAAGAACGAAGGAAAAAAGCUGGGAAACCAUUGGAUCUAGAGCUUGAUCCUGUGACCAACAAAGUGGUUGGGCAGGAGGAUCAAGCUUUUAUUCGCAUGUUGGGAACUCUAGUUUCCAUGUUGUGUCCGGGGCAUUAUUUGGAUUUUGCUGAUGUACCUCAACAGUUUAAGGAUCAAGUGCUUGAUCGUAUGAGGUAUUACUAUAAUAUAGACGGUCAUCCACAACGUGAGUCAGUUCUGGCAACUCUCAACAAGGAGAUGGGGGAAAGAUAUCGCGAGAGAAAGAACUAUAGACAUAGACACUUCAAAAAUCAUUAUGCUGGACCAGAAGAUUUGGAGAAUGUCCUCUCUAAGCCACCUAACCAUUGCACUAAGGAGGCUUGGCAGCUUAUUUGUGAAAUGUUUUUGAGCGAAAGAUUUUUGGCUCGUUCCGCUAAAAAUCAAGCAAACAGAAGACAAAUGAAGUAUGUAACAACACAAGGCACAAAGUCGUUGGCAGCUAAGCGUCACGAAUAUGUAAGUGAAGAUGUUAAUUUAAUUUUAUAAAAUAACACAUUCUGAAACAUUUUGUUUACAUUUGUA